GGGAGCAGCGGGUGGCGCCGCAGCUCUAGCCGCUGCCUCUGGUCGCGCCUCUCGGGGGAGGGGAGAGGGCGAGCGAGGGAGGGAGUUAAAGCGCCAGGGAAGCUGACUCCAGACGGAUUGAGGUUGGAAAGCAGUGAAGACGGCAGCAGGGGCUGUGGAGGAGGAGGAGGAGGAGGAAGAGGAAAAAGAGAGGAGGAAGGAAGGAAGCAGGCAGGCAAAGCGCCGUCCAGGGGCGGCAGCGUUAAAUAUGGGCGGCCCUGCGUUAUUGGCGCCCGUCUCCUCCCGCUGACCGAAGGAUGAGCCGCUUUUCGCGCUCCGCCGCCUUCCUGCUUUGCCUCCUCGGCUGCCAUGUGUGGAAAGCGGUCACGAAAACCCUUCACGAGCGGCGCGCACAAGAAGUGACGCUAAAGGUCCAUGUGAGUGAUUCCAGUACACAUCAGCCUUUAGGUAAAGUCUUCAUUGAGAUCUUUACCAACCAGACUUCAUUUGCUUCAGAAUAUUCAGAGGCAGAUGGGAUAGCCUUCAUCAGCUUUAACUAUACACUUGAAGAACAACUGUUUAUUGUUGCAACAAAACAUGGUUAUGUGCCAAACUCCUCACCAUGGCUGGCCACCAAACUGCCCUUGUUUUCAUCUGUGAGCCUCCUUCUGUAUCCUGAGCGGUCAGCAACCCUGAUGGUAUAUGAUGAUGUUGUUCAGAUUGUCUCUGGAUUUCACGGCACACUAAUUCAGCCGAGGAUCCAGUUCCAGAGAAGGUCUCUCAAUUUGCCAAAGAACUUAACCUAUCGGGACCUGAUUGCUUUUCUUACAGUUGCUAUCACUCCUUGGGAAGUAGGUGGUUUCCCAUAUUUACAAGGAAUUGAUGUAAAUCGAACAGGAAACAGCAGCAGGUUUGAGCUGAAUCCUGUCGUAGCAGUGAGUGUUCAUCUGUUGAUUGGUGAUGGAACUGAAAUCCAAGUGAACGGGCCUAUUUGUGUGACCAUUCCUCUGCCAGCCAGCAGCACUUUGAAGCACGGCGAUGCUCUUCCAGCAUGGAAGCUUGAUAAGAAAAUUGGUGCUUGGCUGAAUAGUGGAUUGGGCAUUGUGCAAAAAGAAGGGGAUUAUUUCACUUGGACCUAUUUUGCUCCACAGUUGGGUUACUGGAUUGCAGCCAUGUCUCCUCAAAGCCCUGGUAAUCUGGGUGGUGUUGGAGCCAGUGACAUCACUGUCUACCAUACUGUCUUCCUAUUGGCUAUUCUCGGAGGGAUGACCAUCAUUUUGCUUGUUUUGCUUUGCUUACUCAUCUAUUAUUGCAGGAGAAAAUGCCUAAAACCCCGUCUGCAUCAUAGGAAAAUUCAGUUGUCCUCUGCAUUGGAUAGUUCAAAGAAGGACCAAGCAACUUCUAUGUCUCACCUCAACUUAAUUAGUGCUGUCCACAUGGAACUUGUAUCCAAUGGAGAGGCAGAUGUUCAUACGCCAAUGCUUAAGCCCUCAUAUAGUACUUCACGAGAAUUCAGUUCAAGAGAAGAAUUAAUUUCACAUCGGGAUCCAACUUUGAGAGAUGCAUUGAAGGACGACUAUUGUAGGUCUCCUAGAAGCUAUCGUCUCAAAAUAGCCAGAUCAAUUGAUACUUCUGAAGAUUUUGAAUCUCCUGUGAGAGAAGAAUAUCGGAAGAGCUACAACUCUGUUGUUUCCCAACCACUGUUGGAUAAAAGGGAUAAAGAAGUUCAGGCUUCAAUGAGCCUGUUUACCACUGACAGUAAAAGUAGCAUCCGGGACCCGGAUUAUCAACUAUCAUAUGUUCCCGACAAAGCACAAAACACUGACAGAAAAGCAACUGAUUACAUGAUGUCUCGGUCUGUUGAUCACCUUGAAAGACCAACCACUUUUCCCCAGCCAGGUCAAUUGCUUUGUUGCAGUUCAGCAGAUGAGGUGAAUGACAAUGUUUAUAGAAAAGUGCUCCCUACAUUAGUCAUUCCUGCCCAUUAUAUGAAAUUGCCUAUGGGACAGCCCUUGACUGCCCCAGCAGAACAACAGGUAGAGUUGGAGAGGCUUCAGGCAGAUCUUUCACUUUCUCACCAACAGUUACAUCCGCAUUCUCAGCAGCAACAGCAAGUGACACCACAAGCUUUAUCACAGCAGCAACUUCAGGAAGCAGAAGGGGAAGACUGGAGUCCACAGUCAAGUGCCAUGUCAGAAUCUGUGUCUAUCCCAGCAACACUCAGCGAAGCUGCAAUGGCUCAAAUGAAUGGUGAAGUGCAACUCUUUACUGAAAAAGCACUUCUGGAACUUGCUGGAGGAAAGCCUCUCCCUCACCCUAGAGCUUGGUUUGUGUCCCUGGAUGGCCGUGCAAAUGCCCAGGUUAGACACUCUUACAUUGACUUGCAGAAAGCUGGAAAGAACGGGAGCAAUGAUGCCAGCUUGGAUUCUGGUGUGGAUAUGAAUGAAUCGAAGCCCUCUCGAAAGGGGAAAGAAGCGCGGGAACGGAAUCUUUCUGGCAGUAUGACGUACACGAGGCUGGUGUACAUGGAUGACAUGGAGCAGAGUGGCAGUGAAAGUGGUACAGCAGUUUGCAGUCCAGAGGAUGCUUCAAUGAAGCCACUGGAAGGUUCAGCUGAAGGAGAACACAGCAGCACAACAGAAUGUCUACAGAAUGAAAACAUUCAGAGGAUUGAAGAAAUUGAAGCAUGUCUCCCGACUAGUCCAAAACAUACUGAGAAUGCUGAUACUGAUGAUCAGAUGAUGAAUAUUGAAAAUGAUCGUAUUAAUGACAAUGAUCAAAUCAAUGAGAAUGAUGAUAAUGACAGCACAGACCAAGACGAGGAUAAAAAAAGCCCUUGGCAGAAACGAGAGGAAAGGCCUUUAAUUGCUUUUAAUUUGAAAUGAUAGCUUAUAGGUUUACUCUUGCUGGAGUUUAAAAAAAAAUAAAUUGCCAAAUAUUCUUUUAUGAAAAUGCUUGUUCAGUUUUGAGAACUUCAGAUCUUUAAAAACAAAAAGGUUAAACACAUAAAUAUAUUUGAAAAGAACUGUGAAUGAUGUUCUGAUCUUUCUGAUGGUGUGGAGAGAGAGUUUCCAAAGCAAAUGUUGCUUGAAUGAAGACCUAUAAGAUUGCCAGAUGAUUAUAGCAAGACAAAUGUCUUCAGAUUUAUUUUUACCAUAAAUGACCUAUUGUGCAAAAUAUUCAAUUCCAUCCCAGAUAUUUUACCCAAAUAUCCCUGUAAUGAUGGCAGUUGAAGGAUUUCUACUUAUUUGCCAGAAUUUUACUGUAAUAGUGUUUUAAAAGACAUACAUAGAUGCUGUGUCCACAGGUAUGGAAUAUUUGAAAGAAAGGCUAUGCAUUGCUGCUUUUAAAAUUAUGUUGCUUAAAUUGUGUCUAAUAUUUGAUGUAAACUAUUUUCUUUAAGAUCUUUUAUUCUAUUAGAAUCAUGUUUAAUGUUGUUAGAACAUUUAGCUACCAGUAUGCUGUGAAUGACAACACUCAGUGAUGGCAUAAGCCUUUGACUAAAACCAAACUGUCCUCUUCAAAAAAAAAUCUGAUCCGGUAUUCUCCAAGUGCCUUCAUGAUUUUCAGUAAGCAAACCCUAUUUCAAUAGUUCUUGUCUCUGGACUGUUGAAAUUCUGCUUUUCAUAAUUGUCAGUUUUUUGACAGUUCUUUAAUGAUUUGCAUGCAAUUAUCAAUCAUUUGUGCUUUUUUUGUCAUGCUUAAAAUACAACAGUAUACUGUAGGUAGUAAUGUGUAUUGUAUUACUGGUUUGCUGUUGAACUACAGACUAGACUAGAGGACUUAUAAAGAGACAUGAAGAAAGUAGCCUCGACUGGAUGUUCUGUAAAUAUUGUGUGUUUGGCUGCAGUUGAAUGUUUUAAUUGCUAGCAUUUCCAAUGUCUUUCUAAUUGGGACUAUUGAGUGGUCAAGAGUGAGUGAUCAGUGUGUUUAAGACAACAUUUUACCCCUCUGUAUCAUCUUACAGUGCCAGGAUUCCUUCACUGUACAAUCUUUUGGAUUGUUUGCUUGUUUCUCUAUUUCUAAUUGCUCAAAAUAAAUCUUGGGUAAAAGCUA